AAUGCUUUGUGUACGCUCGUAUUUUAAGCGUAUCUCCGUUCGGAUUGUUGUAAUCAACAUUAAAAAUUCUUCUUCAUCAAAACCUAUUAGAUUUGCUGUAAAUCCAAAAUCAACUGUACAACAACUUGCUCAAUUAAUUAUUCAGAAAUUGAAAUUACCUUGUACUCCUGAACAAUUACAACUAGUUCCGGCUGAGAGACUAAGAAGUAGUGGACUUCUAAACGGGAGCUCAACAAAGAAACUCACAAUAUAUAAUAAAGGACAGUUAAUUUACGUACAACACGAUUUAGAAGAGGAAGCUGAAGAUAUAGAUUUUGAGAAGUCCCUCUUUUUGAAGCAUAUUAAAAGACAUCAAGAUGCUAUAAAGGUGACUAUCUCUUAUCCUAAACCGUCAGUUGAACCCUCCAAGGAUGACUGUGGUGGCAUAGAUGACAAUGACGAUGAAGAAAAUUCUCAAAAAGAUUCUGAUCAAGAAGAAUUCAUACAGCAGUUCAAGAUCUUAAGUACAAAAGAAGAAAAUGAUCAGUGUAUCAUAAAGGUAGAAAUGGAUAGAAGAAUGACUGUUAAGAGCUUGAAAACUAUUAUGAAGCGUUAUGUUAAAAGAGGCUUAUAUCGAUUUAAAGUUUUCAAGCAGUUCUCUAGUAAUCAACUCUCAGAAAUAUCAAACAUGAAUGAAACUUUCCAAAACUUACCAGAUAAUGGUUCGGCUUGUUUAGUUAUACAACAUGGAAGAGCUCUGAAAGAGAACGAAUGUAUAAUUAAAGUGUUUGAACUUGAUAUGAAUAGGGAGGAUGAAUAUUUCAAAGAACCAAUUGAAAUUAUUGUUGAACUAAAAUGGUCAAUAGAAAAAACUAAAAAGCUUAUAGCAAAGGAAUUUAAUUAUUCGGAUGAUGUAAAGUUUCGAAUUCGACAAAAAGUAUGGAAAACUGUGCAAAAGAUAUAUUUUGAUGAUCAAAGUUUGGACGAUUUGUUAAUUUAUAAUCAUGGAGAAGUAUUUUGCGAAAAGCUUAUGUUACCACAUGAAAGAGAAUCCAAUCAAUUAUCGGUUUAUCUUCGCAGAUUUCGUUCUUCUAUUCCAAAAUUUGAUAAAUUUGAAGAAUUUUAUAUCAAUCGAUCCGAUUAUGUAAACAAGUCAUCCUUCUUAGAUUUAGUGCAACAAAUAAAGGACAAAUAUGGAAUAGAAAAUAUAAAAUUCGCUAAGCCGAAAACUCAGUAUCCUCAUCAUACAAGUGUUUUGGAUGCAGAAGACCAACUGAAUUGGGAAGAGCACAUUGAAUCUCUAAAAGCUUACCCAUAUAAUAUAUCUGAGGACGGUUCAGUAAUAUUUUAUAGAGAUGCUGACGAGGAAACGGCAACGCUAUCUCCGGAAAGAAAAAAAGAGAUCGAAAAAGAAGAAAAUUCGAAAUCAACAUGUUCUCGAAAUAUGUAUACGAGAAAAGAGAAGGCUUUGAAAAUCUAUGCAACGCAGCAGUAA